CAUACGGUCCUGCUUGCCAUAUGCUACCUGCUUCAAGUUGCAACCUCGACAAAUGAAAUAUGGCCGAUUGACCGACCCGAUGGGAUGCCCUCCAUUACUGCGCUGGAAGUAAUGUGCGGCAAGGAUCACAUGGAUGUACACCUUUCAUUCUCCGCACCGUUCGAGGGUAUCGUCAGCUCCAAAGGGCAACAUAGCGAUCCACGGUGUAUCUACGUGCCACCCUCUUCCAGCAAAACAUUUUUCACUUUUCGAAUUUCAUACUCGCGCUGUGGCACAAAACCUGACCUGAACGGUCAGUUUUACGAGAACACAGUGGUGGUGCAAUACGACAAAGAUCUACUCGAAGUGUGGGAUGAGGCGAAGCGGCUUCGGUGCGAAUGGUUCAACGAUUACGAGAAGACCGCUUCCAAACCACCUAUGGUUAUCGCUGAUCUCGAUGUGAUCCAGCUGGACUUCCGCGGAGAUAAUGUGGAUUGCUGGAUGGAGAUACAGCAAGGAAAAGGGCCAUGGGCUCCGGCUGUCAGCGGGAUAGUCCCGCUGGGGUCUACUAUGACACUAGUGGUAGCUAUCAACGAUUUUCGCGGAGAGUUUGACAUGCGGGUAAAAUCGUGUGUCGCAUCCGACGGUGCCGGCCACGUCAUCAAGCUUUCGGAUGAGUACGGGUGUGUGCUGCGGCCGAAGAUGAUUUCCCGCUUUCUGAAGGCGCGUGCACCCGACGAUAAGGCAUCCGUUAUUACCUACGCCUUCUUCCACGCCUUCAAGUUCCCUGAUGCACUGAGUGUGCACAUCAAGUGUAAGGUUGAAAUUUGUCGCCACGGUUGCUUAGAUCAUUGUCAGCAUAAUGCAGCGGUCGGUGGAAUACCAGUUGCUACGAUUGCUAGUGGUCAGAAGCACGAUCUGAUUGAACGCAAGGACACGUUGGUAAAGCAGAACACGAAUAGUUUGGUGAACGAUUCGGACGAGGAGAUCGAUUCCGGCAUGAACGGUCAGGAAGUGUAUUACGACGAUAUUAUUCACACGGAAAAGCAUUUUGUGCAGUACAAGAAACCACUGGCCGGACUCCCGGUGGACCGGAAGAAGGAUGGUUACCAUCAGUACCAUCUUCAUGGCCGCGAACCCAUGGACGAUAUCGAGUCGCUGUUUUUCCAUGAUCAUUCCACGAUGUCGGCCGACAUGAUGAAGAAACAACCGGCGUUACCACAUGCGCCUGGUAAGUCAGGAAUGGCGGGUAACAAAUACCCAACGAAGCCGCUGUUGCAGCAACAUCAGCAAACGCAGGAACCGAUACCUGGCCCCGGAACGCCAAUGGACGAUGAUAAGUUCCCGCACGGACCACGGCAGAUGGAUGCGGAGAAGCGCAUGGGGCUACCGGCCGUUGCUGGUCCCCGGGCGCUCAAUCUAGAUACGGAGUAUGUGCAGAAACAGAGACACGAGCGAACGGACUAUCGAAGCACGCGCCGGCGACGCUCCGUCCGCGUCAACGACCGAACAGCUCGGUCGGCUGACAUUGGUGUGAGUGGCAUCUACGAGGUCAUAUCCGAGGCUGAUCUGGCAUUUAAUCCCGACAACAAGCAAGAAGCAGUGACCGUGUUUCAGGGAAAAAUCACCGAAGAAGUAGUUUACGGUAUCUGCAUGCCGGUGCCGGGUUUUAGUAUUCUCUUUAUACUGGUCAUCUCGGCGACAAUUAUUUCAGCCUUGGUUGCUGGAUCGUUGCUCUAUCGAUACCAGCUGCAGAAGGACAUACUCGCAAACCGUUCGCAGCAACCGCAUGACGCUGCACCCAUCAACUCGAUCGCCACGUGGAUGACGUUGCGUCUGUUCCGCUCCCGGCACAAUGCUGCUGAUAGUGUGCCCGGCGCCAGCGUUCGUUCGAUUGAUCUAUCCGCCAGAAACCAAUGA